GCCCACACCCGGCCUCUCCCAAACAAUUGGCCGCGGGCUGCCUUCACGGUGGCUUAUCUCGGCGCACGGGUGGCUUAUCUCAGCCCCACAACCAAGACAGUAACCAGCCGCGAAGUGGAACUGCACACUGCCAAGUUUGGGUGCAGCAGCAACUGGACUCUCGUCUACGAGCGUAGCGACAUAUUGCUAAGAACGACAUCGACGCAUCAUGCCCGGGUACGUCAACCUCAGCGCUGCAUUCUCCCGGUUUUCUAUCAGCCCAGCCCGCGGCACUGUCAAAGUAAAUGAUGAGUACAAAGGCGUGGUGACUGGCACCUCUGUGUACGGCUUGCACGUAGGAAUCAACGCAAAAAUGAGUAGAAUUCCCGGCAGCAAAAGAGCCAUAGGCCUCGUGUUCAAGCCGCGUCUGUCGAACAGCCUAAAUAGUGGAUCAACCGAGCCGGACGUGGAGCGCGUCGUGCGCGAUGACUUGCGGAUCUCGAAAGGUGACGCUGUCGAUGUGAAGGUCAUCGAGAUCCGCAAUGGGAAGCCGGGCUUUGAGCUCGUCAAUCGCGCCCCAUGCCCAAAUUAUCUGCUCGGCCUUUGCACAUUUGCUCACCCGUGGCUGUCCAAAACCACAUGUUGUAGGGACGGCUCUCACGAGCUGCGACCUGGGCUGCGACCUGCGGGCUACGACAAGUGGCUGGUGAAUCAAGGUCUGGCUCCUCGUGAUCUGAUACAUAUGGGCUGGGUCUACGGCGGCCAGCUUGGACUUGCAAAUUCUCAGGAACGGAUGGCCUACCAUCGCGUUAGCGUCGCGGCUAUCCGGGAGCUCCGAAGCCAAUACGGGCAAGUCAUGAGCGACGUCGACCAGAACCUCCCGCAGGGCAAACUAUUUUACGAGCGGCCCGAAGAGACCACGGCUCACCUUUGGAAGGAUGCGCGCAGCCCAACCGACCUGCAGAGUGCCGUCUUUGGUGUUCGUGUGCUUGUGGAGCGGCUGGCCUAUCUAUCUGGAUCUGCCGCGGCCGGCGACUAUUUGCUCGGUGCCCCGUUGACGAUGGCCGACCGAUGGAGAAAUAUGCGCUUCCAUGCUUUUAGUCUGGUGCGAAGCGCCGACGACGGACCCGACGGACCCGUUCAGUGGUCGGGCCAUGGCCAACUAAACUGCUACCCCUAUACCGAAGUAACUGAGCGUUCGAUCAUCGAGGUCGUCGCUAAAUUGGGCGUCAUCCUCGAAGUGCUAUUCGAGGGACGAAACGCCGACGGCGUGAACCCACGGGCCGUUUCCACUGCGCUGAUCGCCGCGUUCUCUGCGCCCCCAAUUCUCGAAGGGGAUAAGGAAACGACCCAAAAAGGCACGCCGAGCAAAAAGCAGGCAUACAGCUACCCUAGCACCGUGUUAAAUAAUCAGCUUGAACUGUUUGAACUGUUGCAGGUCAAGGCGGCGGCGGCGGGCGCGGCGGCCGCUGCGCACGCGGCGGUGGCGGAAGCGACGGCCAACCCGGGCACCGCGCCUCAUGCACAGCUUCAACUGCUGCGGGCCGUGGCCGCUGCCAGGGACGGGGCGGCCGCUGCGCACGCGGACGUGGCGGACGCGGCUGCGGCGGACCAUGCCAACUUCCCGACCAAAUCCAACCCGAGACCCGAGUCUCGUGUACAGCUUGAACGGGAGAAGGCCAGGGCGGCGACGGCGGACGCGGCGGCG